UUAGAGUGAAAAGAACAAAUUUAUUUAUGUCAAGCAUGAACUAGGGCUUGACACGCACCCUGUUCCUACUCGCCACUCACACAUUCACUCACUCACUCACUUGCGCGCCCAAGAAUCGUGAAAGACAUGGAAGAAGCCAGUGCGUCUUCCUUCAAGAUAAUUUUGGGGUCGUCCUCAAUGCCCCGUCGAAAAAUCCUGGCUGAAAUGGGAUAUGAAUUCACCAUCAUGGCUGCUGAUAUUGAUGAGAAAGUCAUUCGAAAGGAGAAGCCCGAAGAGUUAGUGAUGGCUAUUGCUGAGGCAAAGGCUGAUUCCAUUGUAUCAAAACUGCAAACCACAGACAGUGAACCCAUGAAUGCUGAACCUACGAUUUUGAUUACAGCAGACACAGCAGAAGCCAUCCUAAACAAGCUCCCCAUUGGUGACUACAUUAAGGAAGCUGAUCCAACGUUAUUAAUUACUGCUGAUCAAGUGGUGGUCUAUGAAGGUGCGAUCAGAGAAAAACCAUCCAGCAGUGAAGAAGCAAGACAAUUCAUAAAAGGUUAUUCUGGAGGGCAAUGUGCAACAGUGGGAUCUGUUCUUGUUACUAACCUUAAAACAGGAUUCAGAAAAGGAGAAUGGGACAGAGUGGAGAUCCAUUUCUAUGAGAUACCAGAUGAAACAAUUGAGAAGCUGAUUGAGGAGGGGGUUGUGCUUAACGUUGCCGGGGGACUUAUAAUUGAACAUCCAUUGAUACUGCCCUAUGUGAAACAAGUGGUAGGGACAAUGGAUAGUGUGAUGGGACUACCGAAAGCCCCCACCGAGAAACUCAUAAAGGAAGCUCUCUAACUGUGCCCAGGUGCAAAUUUUUAUGUCGCGAAAUUUACCCAAUACCCCUUAUUUUCCUGCACAGCUGUGCAGGUGUUACAUAAUGAACUAGUCAUCUCCAUUGGAAAAACAGCAAUUAUGUUAACCAUCUGUGACAUUCUAAAACUAGUUAAAUGAAAUUGGUGUAUAAACCCACCAGUCAUUACCAGUCA